AUGUCCAACCGAAAGAUCUCUGUUUGCUGCCGACACCAUCCAGAUUCCAUCUCAUGGGACAAAGAUGAAAGCGGCGCGGAAGAGCCAGUCUUGGGUUCGGUGGAUCUAGAGAAUGACAACCUCGAUCUAUACAACCACCCAAGAUACAGAAGGGCCAUGAUUCUGAAAGAGUUGGCGACUCGAAGGAGUGACGAGGGCAUGGUAACUUUUGAAACUCCUUCUCAAGCUGCUUCAAAUCUCGACAUUUAUCGCAAGAUCCACUCGGAUAGAUUGAUUGACUUCUUUGCUUCUGCAUGGAAACUAUGGGAUGGAAUAGGACCAGAUGGCCAAGAUUCCAUGUGCAAUGGCGGCGGAGGCAAAGAGGCUUCUUCUCCUGCUUUGAUCCCUGGUAAUAUCCCAUUGCCAAGAGAAAGAUUUCAGCGUCCUUCCAAAAAUGUCAUGGGACAAAUUGGAUUCUUCUGUACCGACACCUGCACCCCUGUAUUUGGUGCCAUGUUGGAAGAAAUCUUGUGGGAUGGAGCCGUCAUAGAACAAGCAGUGGCAACUCUGCAAAAGAGUCCAUCUGUGGUAGCAUAUGCCUUGGGAACACAUCCAGGUCAUCACUCUGCAGAAGAUUCCUUUGGAGGAUACUGCUAUGUCAAUCAUUCAGCAUUAGCUGCGAAACUGUUGCAGGAACGAAAUGGAUACUCCAAAGUAGCCGUACUGGAUGUCGACUAUCACUGUGGGAACGGCACAGCCUCCAUUUUCUAUCAAGAUCCCUCAGUACUAGUUGUAUCCAUUCACUGUCAUCCAGAUUGGGACUAUCCGUUUCAUAGUGGUUUCUCAGAAGAGACCGGUGAUGCAGAAGGUGAAGGAGCAACACUUCAUCUACCGCUCAUGCCAGGGACAAAUUGGGAAACGUACGGCGAUGCUUUACAAAGUGCUCUGACAAAGAUUCAAGACUUUGGUGCCGAAGCUCUUGUGGUAUCGUUGGGCCUGGACACCUAUCUCGGAGAUCCUUGUGCAGUUCGUCGGGCAGGAUUCAGGCUGGAAGGUGAUGACUACACUAGCAUUGGUAUGGCAAUUGGAUCUUCAAAUUUGCCAACCAUGGUGGUUCAAGAAGGUGGAUACAAAAUGGAUUCGGUGCCCCAAGCUGCAACAGAUUUCCUCUUUGGGAUCUGUGCUCCUGUCGAGUAA